AACCCUAGCCGCCCGAUGCUCUUCGUCCCGCGCCAAGUCGCACUCGCCGCCGCCUCCUCGCAGCCCCGCGCCGCCGCUUCCGCCAUGGCCAAGGAAGAGCCCAAGAAGGAGAAGAGGAGCAAGAGAAAGGCGGCGGCCAAUGGAGGGGCCGCCGUCGCCGUCGCCCCCGGCGCGAGGGCCGCGGUGGUCGCUUCCGUCGCCGCCUUUCUCGAGUCAGCCGGGCUCCCGCGCACGCUCGCCGCCCUCCAGUCCGAGGCCGGCCUUGAGGCCGGCGCGUGUGGGACGUCGCAGGUGAACUUGGAGGAGCUGGUUGCCAAAUUCUUGGAGUCGAGCAAUUUAACUCCAGCGGCUGUUGUCCUGGGAAGCAGUGAACAAGGUAAGGAAAAUUGUGAUCUAGCAGCAGAAGUUAGCAAGGAAAAUAAGAAAAAUGGCACAGAAGCAGGUGAGGCAGAGAGCAAGGUGAGUGAGCCUUCAGCUGAGGAAAAGCCGAGUGAAAAUAUGGAUGGUGAGGCCAAAGAGAAGAAACAGAAGAAGAAGAAGAAGAAGAAAGACAAUGGUGACCCUUCAGUUGUGAAUGCUGCUAGCGCUGAAGCAACUGAAACAGUGAAGAACGCUGACCGGAAACUUGAUGUGGAUGGUGAGCCCAAAGAGAAGAAACAGAAAAAGAAGAAGGACAAGGCUGACCCUUCAGCUGCAGAUGCUGCUAGCGGUGAAGCAACUGAAAUUGUGAAGAACGAUGAUCAGAAGCUUGAUGGCAAGAAGAAGAAAAGCAAGAAGCCGGGAAAAGAUGAUGAUGUCGAAGCUAGGCUGGAAAAGGCAGAAUUAGCAAUAAUUAACAAAUUUGAGUCAGCAGAAAAGGUCAAUGGAGAUGGCAAUGAAUCUAGAGAGGAAGAACCAAAAAAUCAGAAUGAUGGUGCUGAUGACAGAAGUGGUGCUGUGGAAAAGAAAAAGAAGAAGAAAGAUAAGUCAUCUGUCAAGACUUCAGAGAAGACUGGUGCAGGAAGUGCACCUGCUGAGGCUGAUGGCGCCAAGGAAAAGAAUGGUGCUGUAGAAACAGUGAAGAAUGAUAAUGAGAAAAAGGCCAAAAAGAAGUGGAAGAAGUCUAACCAGGAAGAAAAUGUUCAGGUGGAAGGUAAAGAAGCUGCAGAGAAAGAUUCAGUCCCAAAACCAGAUGAUGGGAACAAGAGUGGGAUGGAUGUUGACGAAGAACACCAAGGAAAGUCGUCAAAUGAAAAUGCAGUUGCUGGCAAAAAACGGAAGCUAGAAGAAGUUGAAGGAAGCAUUGCCCCUGUGACUCCGAAAGAAGAUAGCACCGCUAACCAAAGUCUAAGCAAUGGCUUUGCUGAGGAUAAAACAAAUGAAGAUAGUAACAUAAAACCAAGUAAAAGGCCGAAAAAAUCAUCUGAACCUAAGAGUGUGACUCCUUUUCAACGGAUCAAGGUGGAUAGUGUCACAUUUGCAGAUGAUAGGCUUCAGGAUAACUCGUACUGGGCUAAGGGUGGUGCAGACACUGGUUAUGGCGCAAAGGCACAGGAGAUCCUUGGCCAAGUCAAGGGAAGGGGUUUUAGGCACGAGAAGACCAAGAAGAAGCGUGGAACCUACAGGGGCGGGCAAAUCGACCUACAAACCCACUCGAUCAAGUUUGAGAAUUCAGAUGACGAGUGAAAUGCUGAAACCUGAGCUUUCCCCCAAAGAUGGAAAGCCUACAACAUUAUCAGUUCACCAAUUUAUAUAGCCAUUAAUUACCUGAUCAGUUCUAGUACGAAGAAGUGUGGCGACGAGACGUGAUGGAAGGAAGGUGCUACGUGGUACAGCGGGAUUAAGAUUGCUGCAGUGUACCAAUUUUGUUAGCAUGAACGACCUGCGAAAUAUCUAUGAAAUUUUGUUUGCUGGGCUCACCGAUGUACCAAUUUUGCUACAGCUUAUGCGACGUAUGUUGCUACUACAUGCGUAUUGUGAGUUUGCCCGUGCACUCGAUUUUGUAAUCCUUUUGGAAAUGCCUGCCUUAGAGCUGGUAAUCUGGCUACAUGAGCUGCUGUUGGUGCA